AUAUUUGGCAAUCUGGCAACAUGGAAAUGUCUGGCAUCGGUCCGACCUCAACCAAUAUCAGGCAUCCUUGCUAAUUAUCCGCUCUAGAGCGAUAAAGCUCUCAUUAUCAUGGCUCGUUGGAAAAUGUUAACCUGUGCAAAGUAAACUACGAGCAAUAACACAUAGUUACUUUUUGAUUGGUGACUAUUCUAGGUGAAUACUUCGUAGUGGGUGUAGAUAUCGAACAAUACGACAGCGAGAAUCCUACCAAGUACCUCAAAGGACUUUUGAGAGACCUUUGGGAUGACGUGGACCCUGUAGCGCAAAGGGCGUAUAGAAGUUACAUUGGCGUAGUGCCCUCGAGCCCUCUAGGGUUCGAGAACUUCACUAGUUUGGUAAAUUCUUACAUGGAGAAACCGCCAUUCAAUUUUACGAAUCCACUAAAGUAUUUUGGAGGAGAAAAGAGGAUUAGGGCUGAAGCUGCAUAUUUGUAUGAUUCAGUACAUGUUUACGCAAAAGCUUUGACGAAAGUACUUGAUGCUGGUGGGAAUCCAAGGAAUGGUACUGCCGUCAUUGAUGCUAUGAAGGGUACUCACUAUAAAAGUGCUAUGGGCUACAUGGUAUACAUGGAUGAAAACGGCGAUGCUGAGGGUAACUACACCCUUAUUGCCCGCAAGAGUCUGUCCGAGAGGGAAAAACAGGGCUACGGAUUGUUUCCAGUCGGGAUAUUCGCUCUAAGGAGGUCCGAUACAAGAUUACCCGAGCUGCAAAUGACUGACCGAAUCGACUGGAUUAGUGGACAACCACCUAUUUCCGUGCCUGAAUGCGGCUUCAGAGGAGAAAAGUGCAUAACACAUACUGUCGAAAUAUCCAGUGGAGUAGCUGGAGGGGUAUUCAUAGUAGUUUUGGUUAUAUCACUAGUACUGUACAGGAACUGGAGAUACGAACAGGAACUGGAUAGCUUGCUAUGGAAAAUUGAUUUCAAGGACAUACAGAUGAGUGAAGAAAAUUCCAACAACCAGAGUAUGAAAAGCAGGACGACGACUCAUCCUUUGAUCAGAACCAGCCAGGUGUCUCUGAGCUCGAAUCCGGACGCUGAUUUUAGAUACACCACGAUUUAUACACAUAUUGGCGUGUUUAAAGGGCGCAUUUUUGCCAUAAAAAAGGUCAAUAAAAAAUCGAUAGAUAUUACCAGAGAGAUGAAGAAAGAACUCAAGUUGAUGCGUGACCUGAGGCAUGAUAAUUUGAAUUCAUUCAUUGGCGCAUGUACUGAUCCACCAAAUAUUUGCAUUGUUACGGAGUAUUGUGCUAGAGGUAGCUUGAAGGAUAUUCUGGAAAAUGAAGACGUGAAGUUAGAUCAAAUGUUCAUAGCAUCACUUGUAGGUGAUAUUAUGAGGGGAAUGAUAUAUCUUCACGAAUCUGCUUUGAAAUUCCAUGGGGCUCUAAAUCCGUCGAAUUGUCUAGUGGAUUCACGAUGGGUUGUAAAAUUAUCUGAUUUUGGUCUACGUGAAUUCAAAAAGGGAUCUGAGGACUAUAUUAUGAAUGAUCCUGUGAAAAUCAAAGAAAAAUGCCAUGCUUUACUGUAUAGAGCUCCAGAACUAUUGAGAAUCCAAGACUCGUUCCUAACCAAAGAGCAAGUUUUUGGAACUCAAAAAGGGGAUGUAUAUUCUUUUUCUAUCAUUCUGUAUGAGCUUCACUGUAGAAAAUGCCCGUUUGGGGAUGCAAAAUUAUCAGCAGCUGAAAUUCUGAAUAAAGUUGUGAGACCUUGUGAUCCCCCUUUCAGGCCGUCACUUGAAGCUUUAGAAAACGGUUCGGAUUUUGUCAAAGAAUGCCUCAAAGAAUGUUGGGCAGAAAAUCCUGAAGAGAGGCCAGAUUUUAAAAGUAUCAGAACCAAACUCAGACCUCUAAGAAGAGGGAUGAAACCAAAUAUUCUAGAUAAUAUGAUGGCAAUGAUGGAAAAAUACGCCAACAAUCUAGAAGUUCUAGUCGAUGAAAGAACUGAUCAACUUCAAGAAGAGAAGAAAAAGACUGAAGCUCUAUUGUAUGAGAUGCUACCCAAACCUGUGGCCGAUCAGUUGAAACUAGGCAACAAAGUUGAAGCUGAAAAUUUUGAAAGUGUCACCAUCUAUUUCAGUGAUAUCGUUGGGUUUACGGCUAUGUCCGCUGAAAGCACACCUUUGCAGGUAGUUGAUUUUUUGAAUGACUUAUACACCUGUUUUGAUUCUAUCAUCGAACACUAUGACGUAUACAAAGUUGAAACUAUUGGAGAUGCCUACAUGGUGGUCAGCGGUCUGCCGAUUAAAAAUGACAUUCAUGCUGCUGAAAUUGCUACAAUGUCAUUGCAUUUGUUAUCAGAGGUGAAGAAUUUUGUGAUUCGGCAUCGACCAGCUGAAAAAGUUAAAUUGAGGAUUGGCAUACAUUCAGGUCCAGUUUGUGCAGGUGUUGUUGGUCUGAAGAUGCCUAGGUACUGUCUCUUUGGGGAUACAGUAAAUACUGCCAGUAGGAUGGAAUCAACAGGAAUACCAUCAAAAAUCCACUGCAGCCUCCCCUGCCGUGACCUACUCGUCAAACUGGGCGGAUACCAUCUAGUAGAAAGGGGUGUGGUCUCUCUUAAGGGUAAAGGCGAUCAGCGUACGUAUUGGCUGGUAGGAGAAGAGGCAAGAGCGAGGGCGGAGCGAAGAGAAGCAAGGUCAAGAAGAAGGGCGGGAUUAGCGACCAAUGAGGAAGAGACGGGAGCGAAUGGGGAGCUGGGAGGGAGCAGAUUGAAGAAUAGGGGAGGAGGAGUUGGAAGGAGUUCGUUGAAAAUACAUGGGAGGAAGAUCAGCAGAUGGAACUCCGUGGAGAGUCCUAAGAAGUUGAGGUUUGCGAGCGGCGAAAACCUAGAAAUAACCCCAUCAGCAACCUGCCCACCUCUCAGACCGCAGACUCCACCCAAAUUCUACCUAUACACGCCCACUCACCAACAUGUUUGCUGUCGCCCCGCCUCCACUUCAUGUCCCUGCAUAGAAAACCUCGCAAAUUCUGCAGCUACACUAGCCAGGACGUUUCUGGAAGAGGAGGGAGGCUCCAACAGCGUUCCAACGCUAUGUUACAAACUUAGCGUCCCUUUUCAUCAUGCAGUCUCUGCCCCUGCGAGUCCAGGUGGGCAUGGACUAGAAUUGGGCGGAGUUACGGAGGAUUUAGAGGCGGGGCCAUGGGCGGAGUGUACACCGUUGUUGAAGGUUACGAAGCCGAGAGAUCCUGAAAGCUGUGUAUAGAUAAAUAAUUAAUUAUAUAACUGUGCCAAGAUAAGCCACAUUAGUUGUGUAAGUUCAAAGGUACAACUUUGCUUGUGUAUACAAAUAAUGCAUAAUUUAUUGUUUUUUAAGUAAGAAAGAAGGGUGCAACUCACGAAAACGCUAAGCGUCCUACGAGAUAGCAAAAAACCCACCCUGAACUAUUGUCACAACAUAAGGACUAACUGCUAUACACUCUUCGUCUACUAAUGCUGCAUGUAUGUUACGAGAAUACGAGUAGUUAUGAGCAGUUUUUUCACGCUCUCGGAGGGCGUUUAGCUUUUUCGGGAUGACGGUCGAGGUGGCGUAUAUGGCACGUUGAAAAAACGACGGAUAACUUGCUUGACGUUUUGGGGGCUGUAUGUGUUUUGGGAACGGGAAUGUUUACCAAAGUCGAUCCUGGGCCUGGGUCAUUCUGGUUUUAAGCGGUACCAUUUUAAAAUUAUAAUUAUGGCUUCGUGCGAUCUCAGCAUUCUACAGGGCAGUUCAAAAUAUUGUAGCAACACACUGCAUAGGAAAGAAGAAAAGAAAAAAUAAAUGAACUGUCACCUGUGAGACUGAAAUAAAAUUAUGUCAUUAAUUGUGGUGGCCGAAAUGUCGUAAAAUAAAUAGAAGUUAAAACAUAUAUGUGAUUUGAUUCGGCCAGAUAAUGGAGUCUUGAGAGAGAAAAAGUAGUUGAUCAGUGACUGAACGUGGAUAACCAUAUUAUGAAAUAGGGAAUACGGCAUGUCGUUGUUAAUUCCAAAGUGUAGUCUUAACCACUGUUAAAAUAAGUUAAAUGACAAGCUCUAGUCAGUAUGCUAAAAUAAUUUAAUGAGAAGAAUGUUACUUUUCCAUCCCUUCUUUCCCUCCUUCCUUAUAAUCUCAGUUUAUAUUCAUCAACAGAUUCAACUGGUGAGAAUUUGUUAUGUUAAUUAGUGGUGAUACUAAAUAUGCCCAGAAAAUAAAUCAAUAUGAAUCCUUAACAAAAGGCUCGUGUUUCUUUGUUUUAGUAAGGUCCUUGAACGGUUGAAGAAAAUAUUGAGAUAAGUACACUAUUUUCAACUAUACUACAAUACACACCGAUCUAUUGAACUAUCUGCUUGUGUUAAUUUUCUGUUGGCAUCAAUGAAUAUCAAAAUUUAUUUAAUUUUCUGUUGACUUGAAAUGUAUAGUCCUGAUUCCUGAUCGUCAGCAGCCCCACUAAAAUAUUAUUUAUUUUGAUUGUGAACAGAAUCAUUCAUAAUAAUUGUUUUAUGCAAAACAAUUCGCGCAAGAUCAGCGGCUUUGUUAAGAAGUACAUAUUUUGAAUAGGGGAACGUGGCCCAAAAUGAUCCCCCUAAGGUGGAAAGGCGCAAAAAAAGCAACGUAUACGAAAGAAAAAAAUCUAGUAUAUUUUUUUGGAAUGUCAGUCUACUGUCCUUAAAUAUGUCCUUAUCGAUUUUCUGAUUUAACAGCUUAUUAAUUUUUUGGCAGAUGUAAUGCAGAUCUUUGUAAAAGGAUCAGUUUACCCUGAUAAGGGUGGGCAAAAUGAUCCCCUAAGGUAAGGCAAAAUGAUCCCUGUUUCUUGAUAGUUUUUAAGGGUUUACUCUUAAUAAAACACGAAUUAACGACAACCUAAAUUACAUUAUUGAGCAAAACCAAAUGGCAUUUAGUAAAAAUAAACUGAAAUCGAUGUGUAAUAAGUUACAAAAUAUAAAAAAAGCGGAAAUACAAAAAAUUGUAUUCAAAACGAAAAAUGAGUGUACAUUACACGUCAUCUACUAACUAUUUACGCACUUUCUUCACCUUUGCAUUAUCAAUUCAAUAGUUACAGCAAUAUGGAUCGCAGUCAUCAUCGUCAAUUCCCGCACACUCAUCAUGCGCCCAACGAUAGCAUAUUGAGCACUGCACCCAUCCUUCUUCUGAAUUAGACUAGAAAUGUUUCCGUACAAAUAAGACAUUCUGUAUCUUCUUCUUCUUCGGAUUCCUCUGAAGACGCUUUGUAAUUUUUGUCCUGUUUAAUUUCCUUAUUAUGCUUAUAUUUUCUUACACUUUGCCUUCUAGUUUUUUUUUAGAACGUUUUUUUCUGCUAAUUUAUUCUUGUUCUUUAAAUCGGUUUUUUCGGCCUGCUUUUCCUUCUUCUGUUGUUCUUCUAACAAUUGAUUUUUAUACGGACUACUUGUCAAAACUACUGUGCCUCCAGACUUCCUUGAAUUUGAGCUACGCUUUUCUUGUGCCAUUUUAGGGAGUGGAUGAACAUCACUUGGAAGAAUGUUAAAACCACUUUUUGAUGUCGAAGGUUCAUCAACCAAAGCUAAGUAGGAUAGAGGAACAAUUAUUGUUGGUAAAGCGUCAUUUUGCUCGUUGUUUUCAAUACUUUUUUCACUGACCUCAUCAUUUUCUUCAUGGGCCCCAUUAUUUUCAUCUAUGACUUCUUCGAUUUGUUCGUGGCCGUCACCAUGUUCCUCGUGCACACCAUCAUUCUGAGGUUCGUUUUGCUCUGUCACUUCAGCAGGUACGAAAUCAAUGUCUGUGAAGUCAUCGGGAUCGUAUGGAAAAAUUCCAGUCUUCUUAAAUCCGUUAAUUGCGUUAAGUGGUGUGCUGGGCUGGAUGUAAGAUUCAUUGAAGAUUUGUGAAAUUUGGAAAACGGUUACAACUCUUCCAGGGUGAUUGGUAAGCCACUUCUCCAAUGCUUUGUCGUGGUAAUGAUUAAGCGGGUACAUAAAACUCACGUUUAGUGGUUGAAGCUUAUCAGUGGUGUGUGGAGGUAAGCAUAAAAUGGUCACGAAAUUAUUUCCUGCCUUUUCAAUUACACUUACACAAGUUUUUUGUGUGCGAAAGGUGGCCAUCAAGAAUGAGAAGUGCAGGAUCUUCUUGGGAAGGCUUAACAAAGGCAAGAAAAUGAUCAAACCACACCGAAAAUACCUCAAGUUUUAUCCAACCAGAUUCGUUGCAAUAGAAUGCUGUGCCUGGUGGUGCGCCAUCUUUUAACUCUUCUUUCAUUCGCUUACGAGCAAAAAUAAUCAUAGGAGGCACAUAUGAACCAGAUGCAGACAUACAAAUCACGGCAGUAGUGGACGUACCACGUUCUGUAGAUACGACUCUGCCAACUUGUUUUCUACCUCUUUGAGCUAGAAUUUUACAAUUUUUACCUGGGACGGUACUCAAAGAGGUUUCAUCGACGUUAUAGAUCCUAUGUGCUUGAAACUGUAUUUUGUCAUACACAGAUGUUAACAUGAAAAAUUUGGUUACGACAGGCCGGUUAAAAGCAGGAGCACGAACGGCUGACGUUGACUCCGGUGAUCUUAGUGAGAUCUGAAGGUGCUUCUUGCGAAAACCGAUCCACCAAUCUUUGCCAGCUAGACAUGUUACCUUGGAAAACGGAUGGACAAUAUUAUUUUUCUCUGCGAGCUGAUAAGCGAUCGAUCUCACAUCUUUAGUGGUGAGACCGUACAUUCUGCUUUCCAUAUUAAGUAUAUGAGCUACCAACUCCUCUUCCUGUUCCUUAGUGAAAACCCCUAUUUUGCUUCCCAUUUUCUUAACAUUAUUAACAGCUAACUUGUUCAUUCCUUUACAGCGUCUCUGUAAACUCAUUAACGGAACACCGAAAUUCCUGGCCGCCGUUUUGUAAGCUAAAAGCCACGGCGGACCUCUUCUAUGGCUUGUUGCAUUUUGUCUUCGUCCCAUAACUACCUCUGAGUUUUCUUUGAUAUUUUUGAACCAUUUUCUUCUCCAAAAAGAAAAUAAAACAAUAACACGAUUUUAUAUUCGAUAAGCACAUCGCCUAUACUAUGGAUAGGUAAUAGCCCAAUAAUGAUCUCAUCCACUUCUAUUUUGUUGUUUUAAAUGUUUGCAGUAAGAAAAAUGUAAAGAAUAUAUUUCAGCGGGCAAAAUGAUCCAGGAUCAUUUUACCCUACCCAGAGAGGGAUCAUUUUGCCCUGAAAGUAUACAUAUUGCAUAAGGUUAUGGUAACUUGAUGCCGGCUUUGUUUAUAUUCUCGUAAACUCGUGAAACAAUACACAAAAUUAUGUGUUUUCAUAAAAUUUUUUGCAAUUUAAUGUUCCUAAUACUAUAACACUGCGACUACAAUAUCUUAAUAGCACUUACCUUAGAUCAAAGAGCACAAAAACCUGUUUUCACAAAUAUUUUUAUUAAGAUGUUCCCACGUUCGCUUUCAGUGCUUACGGCGACUCAAAUGAUCGUAGACACCCACUCGAAUCAAAGAGGGCAGCAUAGCAUUGGUAUUAAAAAUAAAGGGAGGAAUCAUUAGGCCCGCAGGGAUCAUUUUAGGCCGGCCACCUUCCCCUAUAACUAAAUGAUCAACUUAUAUUUGUUGUCAGAUUUUGAUAUGUUGAAGUAUUGUGGAAAAUUGUGUAAGGUAUGACUAAAUUUUGUAUUUAUAAAAGCUAACAGCUAUAUACCUUUAAUCGCAAGAGGUCUAAUGAUGUAAGUUAUUAUUUAAUUUAGUAGAUCUUAUUUAUUUUAUUCUUACGAUAUGCCCAAAGAAUAUACACAUAAAAUGUUCAAAUAUUAUGUUAUAAUACGUAUACUGAGUUACAUCAUUGAUUAACGUAUCAUAGCUGGACAUAACCAACUACAUAUACCGUAUUCUGGCAUCCAAAUAGGAAUAUUAUGAAAUAUAUUAGCGCUAUCUGUGAGUCAGUAUAGCGGAACGCAAAAUGAAUUUAGAAAUCUAAUUUGAAAAGAGUUAGUGUUUUGUCCUGCUACUGUCUCAUAGAUGGCACGAUGAUAUUCAGUUCUUUUUAGUUUCUCUAACGUCCAGUUUAAUUGAGUAUCUUCAGUAGGAGUACGUGAAUCAAUGGUUAUAUUUAUUGUCUAUAAACAAAUAAACAUCUAAAACCCC